AACACCGUCACCAAGCUUCGCAGUCCAACUUGCACUCCACCUAUUCGAUUGUUGUCCUUGAUUAGCUUCACUUCGACGCUUAACUUACUUUGAUCAACUUGUACACACCUCGCCUUCGCCAUGACGUCAAUAGGUACGGGUUACGACCUGUCUAACUCUGUCUUCUCCCCCGAUGGCCGUAACUUCCAGGUCGAGUACGCAGUCAAGGCGGUGGAGAACGGCGGUACAGCAGUAGGUAUCAGGUGCAAGGAUGGUGUCGUCCUGGCUCUCGAGAAGCUCGUCACCAGCAAGCUGCUGAAGGCAGGCGCGAACAAGAGGAUAGCAACAGUCGACAGGAACAUGGGCAUCGUCUCCUCAGGUCUCCUCCCCGAUGGCCGCCAUUUCGUUUCCAGAGCCCGCGAUGAGGCAGCCCAAUGGCGGCAGCUGUACAAGGCACCCAUCCCCGUAGCCUCGCUCGCCGACCGCAUGGGGAGCUACGCUCAAGCAUACACCCUCUACUCCAGUGUACGACCCUUCGGUAUCACAGCCAUCAUCGCAGGUUGGGAUUCGGAGGCAGAGCUGCCAGUCGACGGACAGGUUGGCUCAGGGCCUAAGGCUGGUUCAGGUGGCAAGAAAGAGGGCGCGAAGCAUGGAGGACCUUCUCUAUACAUGAUCGAGCCGAGUGGUCUGUACUGGGGCUACUACGGCGCCGCUACUGGCAAGGGACGACAGAUCGCCAAGUCCGAACUCGAGAAGCUCAACCUCGCCGACGGCGAGCUGUCGCUGCAAGACGGUGUCAAGGAGGCCGCGCGCAUCAUCUAUGUCGCACACGAUGACAACAAGGACAAGGAGUUUGAGCUGGAGCUGACCUGGAUCAGCAACCUGGACGGACCUACCAAGGGCAGGCAUGAGGAGGUACCGAAGGAGAUCAGGGAAGAGGCGGAGAGGCUUGCGAAGAAGACGCUGGAGGGUGAUGACGAUGACGAGGAAGAGGAAGAGAAGAUGCAGGAAUAGACCACGAUCAAGUGCAGCCCAUGCUACAACACUGGCACGCCAUAGACGGUCAUCCAUGAUAACGAAUUGCUCCACGAAGCACAAUCACGAAUCACUCGCAUUUGUCCAGCCUCGUACCAGCGUUUGUAGCUUUGGUGUCCUCACUAACAGUAACAGUUGAAAC